AGAGUACCAUAAAUGGAAAAGAGACUGACGAACAUAAAUAACAUUUAUAAACCGAGUCUUUUUUAAUAAUAAUUCUCAUUUAUCAUUAAUGACAGUUAAAUAUUUCCACAAUGUUUUUUACCAAGUUAAAAGUUUUAAUUCCCUCUACAAUGAAAGUGAGAAAUAUGGCUACAGUCAAAAGAUUUUACAAGCAGGCGACAGUUUUAUCGAAUGGUGAUAAAUUUGAAAUUGCCCUUGAUCAUAGAAAAUUAAAAACUCCAAAGGGAAAAGUUUUUGAAGUUUCCAGUGAACCUUUGGCUUUUGCAGUAGCCGUUGAAUGGGAAAGUCAAAAAGAAACAAUCAAUAGAAGUGGAAUGCAUUUGACCUCAUUAUGCAACACGGUUUUGGACAAUCCUCACAAUAAUACAAAAGAGGAUAUUGUAUCCGGAAUUGUUCAGUAUUUAGAAACAGACACAGUUUUAUUUCAGUCAAAUGACGAGGAGGAAUUGUAUAGUCUGCAGAAAAAUAGAUGGGAUCCUUUAAUACAAUGGUUUUGUGAUCGAUUUCAAGUGGACAUUAUUAAAACUUGUAGUAUAGAAGCUCCAAUAGUUACGUCAGAUACAAAAGACAUUAUAACAAAGCAUUUACUUUCUUAUAAUUUUGAAGCUAUCCACGGUUUUAAGUACGGCGUGGACACGAUAAAAUCGGUAAUUCUAACGCUAGCCGCUUCGGAAAAUGUGAUCGGGGUCGAAGAAGCCGUUGAUCUUUCUCGUUUAGAAGAGGAAUAUCAGAUCAGUCAUUGGGGACGCGUGGAAUGGUCACACGAGCUUAGUAAAUACGAUUUGCAAACACGUUUGGCCGCCGCAAUAAUUUUCAUUCAUUUAAAUUCCAAUUCUAAGACCUCUCAACCGAAACUAGAUGAAAGUAGAAAAAUGGAAAUAUAAAAAAAGAAAUUAGAUAAUUUAUUCUUACCGACGAAGCCUUCAGGACAUGAACAAUUGUAGGCUGCAACAGCAUCAUAACAUGUAGCACCAUUUUCACAAGGAUUAGACCAACAAUCAUCAAAAUUAAUUUCACAGUUGAG